CAGCGCCAACUCGAUUGGGCUGAUGAACAAGAUGCCCGUGACCCUCGGAAACGUGAACAACAUCGACUGCGUGUCUUCAUUGGUGUCAGCGGGUGGCUGAACUCGCCAGCUGAUGUCAGUAAGCCCUGGGAAGUGGUCGACUCUGGAACUACUGAGCCAUUCGCGUUGCGUUUUGAGCUUGACGCGAUGCUGCGUCUCGGAAACUCACUCAAUGACGUUCUUUUCGGAUAUGCUUUUGACGGUGUCACGUAUGCUGUAGUCAGUCGUACGCUUCUCGGAGCGUUGUACGCCGGUCUAUGGCCACUCGGCCUUGUCAAAGCUGCCAGCGUCCUGGAUAACCCCUUUAGUGUUGCACUUGCUCGAGCUGAUAAGGCCGGUAAGGUUCUCGCGCAUGCUCUUAUCGAUGGCGUGCAAGGAAAGAGACCUGUAACCCUCACCGGGUACUCGGUCGGCGCGCGUGUUGUAUAUGCAUGUCUGAUUGAGCUUGCGGAACAACACGCCUUUGGUCUCGUCGAAUCCGCUGUUCUCAUGGGUACUCCUGCACCAGCAAACCCCAAACGCUGGAGGCAAAUACGAUCGGUCGUUGCAGGGCGUAUUGUCAAUGUCUACAGCAAGGAAGACUACGUACUCGGCUUCCUCUAUCGGUCAGCGAAACUGCAAGUAGGUGUGGCAGGUCUACAGGAAGUCGAGGGCGUUCAUGGUGUAGAGAACGUUGAUGUGAGCAAGCUUGUCAGUGGGCAUGAUAGGUACCGGUACUUGGCGGGUACGAUAAUGGUUAAACUUGGUUUUGGUGAUGUGGAUUUCAACAAGGUGGCUGAACAAGAACGCGCUCUCGAGGAGGCAGAAAAGCGAAAGGCUCGGGCCCAAAAGGAGGCUAAACGCAAAGCAGCAAAUGAGCAAACGCAGAAGCCUAUCCCCCAGCCUCAACACCGGCCAGCCCCAACUACUCAAGACUCUUCGAACUCUCUGAUAGAUUUUUCAGAGCCAGAACCUGCAGCUGCUCCCAAAAGCAACUCCGAACUGUCUGGUUUAUCUCUCACACCCUCUGGUACACAAGAGGAUCUUUCUCCAAACGUCGAUGCAUCAGCAUCGAAGAACGGCACUGACGUCGCUGUUACUGAAGUCCUUGUCCUGGAAGGAUGCGAUACUACCAAAGAUAAUAGCACCGGCGAUGAACAUCAAGAUGACUUUGAUGAUUAUGACUACGACGCUGAAGAAGUUAGUAGUGAGUUCGGCGAACUCAGUAUGGUCGAACCGUUGCCCAUGGACGACAACGACUACGGCUUGAUGUAA